CGUCAAAAUGGUCGCGAAUAUACGGAAGGGAAACUCCUAAUCACAAUACAAAUCGACUGAAAAUAAUCGUGUUAAGUGCCAGUAAACCGCGUUUUAUAGAUUACCACACGUAUAAUUGCGUUGUUCAGUUUCGGACGGCAUAAAAAUGGACUCGUUGCCCGUAACAUUGAUAGUUAAAGCUCCGAACCAGCAAAUCGAAGACCAAAAAAUUAGGUGUGAAACGUCAUGGAGUAUAAAUAAAUUGAAACAGCAUUUAUCCGAGGUUUAUCCCAGUAAACCACCACACCACGAACAAAAACUGAUAUAUUCCGGCCAGCUUCUAAAUGACACUGUGAUACUAAAAGACAUUCUCAGACAGUACGAGGGCCAAGAUACUCAUACUGUGCAUCUGGUUUGCACACCUAAACAAGCAAAAAUGGCCAGUAGUAGACCCAAACAGACCACUCCUGUGUUAGAAAAUCCUAGUGGUGGAACCAGUCGUCAAGAACAAGGAAGUUCUCCAGAAAGGACAAACACACAACCAGAGAACACGCCGCAAAACAACGCGACAGCGAAUAACAGGGUUCCACCGGCCUAUCCUAAUGCCCAAUUUGCACCCAAUGGUUACCCAUGGUCGUAUUUUAAUGGACAAAUUCCACAAGCCCCUCAAGUGGAUUUUAAUGCCCUGAACCAGUACCAGAUGCAAAUGGCUUGGAUGCAACAGGCUUAUUUGCAGUAUGUGCAGGCUCAAUAUAUGCAGCUUGCCACAGGUCAGCCAUUAAUUCCACCACCCCAAACAGUUCCUACCCCCGCACCACCCGCAAACAACCACAUACCAAAUGCCCAACCACAAGAAGUUCCACAAGCCGCAGCAGCUCAAGAAAACGUUGCCGCCGCUGCCCAACCCCAACAACAACAACAACCGGAAAACGAAGAACACGAUUGGCUCGAUGUGUUUUACAUGCUGAGCCGAGCCAUGGUCCUGUUCAGCGUCGUCUAUUUCUACUCGAGCCCCCUCAGGUUCGUUUUCGUCCUGUUUUUGGGGGUCGCCCUCUACCUCUACCAAGCGGGGUUCUUCAGGCACAUAAACAUUAACAAUAACAACAUCGAUGGGGCACCGGACGGGGCGGCGCCCCAGGAGGAACAAGCGCCCACCGGCCUGAUGGUCGCGUGGACGUUUAUAACCACGUUUUUCGCCUCCCUGGUGCCCGAAGUACCGAACAUCAACGCGUGAACUCGUAUUGAAGAUUCUGUUUUUUUUUUGUUCUUUUUUAUCUAGGGUGUAAUUUUUUGCAUUUAUACACGACAAGGUUAAUAUCGAGGAUCCAAUUUUUGUCUUUUUAUUGGUUUUUCUUAGAUAUAUUGAAUUUUGCCUAAAAUUUGUACCUGAUGUAACAAUUUUGGCAUUCUCCCGGGGUUGGGUUUAUUAUUAAAGAUGUUCCCCCAAUAAAUUGUUUGUGAAUCAAACAUUUUAUUAUUAUGUCACAGUAGUGUCGUCGAUUUUCCGCUAGAAGUAUUUCAGAUGUUCCAAAGUGUUUUUUGUGAUUAGUUUUAUUGAAGUAAGUUUGGGAUGUUUUUUAUACAGGGUGGCCAAAGAACCUACAUAAGUUUGGCCAUUUACUCUUCUAUAUAUUUCUUUUUCGGCUAAUAAAAUAUAUAUUUUUUUGUUGAAAUAUUGUUAUCGCUUAUGUUUAUUAUUAUUAUUUGCCUUAUUUAAUAUUUUAUUUACAAAUUGCGCCUUUUUUGUAUCAAAAGGCCUUAUUUGUUUAAUUUUAGAGAUCUGUUUUCAUUACUAUACACUUAUUAUGAAUUUAAACUUGGAUCUAAAACAACUUAUAUAUAAUUAUAAAGUGCUUUGUUUAAAAAGUAAUAAUUGUAUAAAAAUUCUUAGUUACCUGUAAAUAAACCUAAUAAUUCUAUAUUUGAUCCACGUUUGUAUUUUUAGCUUUAAUUGAAAUGUGAUUUAGGUAAAAAACUGGAAUAAAACAUUUUUGAUUAGGA